GCUGUAGAGAGACCUUUUCAGUACUUAAAGGCAGCUUAUAAACAGGAAGGAGACCGGCUUUUAACACGUUCAGAUAGUGACAGUACCAGCAGGAACAGUUUCAAAUUGAAAUAAGGGAGAUUCAGGUUAGACGUUAGGAGGAAGAUUUCUCUCGAGGGGCGGUGAGGCACUGGCACAAGAGCUGCCCAGAGAAGCCGUGGGUGUCCCAUCCCCGUAGGCGCUCAAGGCCAGGUUGGCUGUGGAGCCUGACCUAGGCCAAGGAGGUCCUGUGCACGCAGUGUUUGUAUACCCCACAGCCACGGGGCCCGACACUCCGCAGGCCGGUGAGACCGCUCAGCCCACGGCGCCGUGCCCGCGGGCUCGGGAAAUGGCGCCGUGCGGGCAGCACCGCGAUCCCGUCCGAGGCGACGGCCGCGCCCCGAAGUGAGGGAAACGACCAAGCAGAGAACCAAAGAACUCAGACAAGUCGAAGAGGCGCGGCGGGGGCGGCGGUUUCCCCGAGGAGAGGCGGCCGCGGGGCGUCGGCCUCUUCCGCCGCUGCCUCAGCCCCGCCCCGAGCGGCGGUGGCGGCCGCCUGAGCCCGGUGCCUCGCGGCCCGUCCGGAAUGGCCGCCCCGUGGGUUCUGCCCGCGCCCCUCAGCCCGGCGCAGCUGAAGCGCCUGGAGCAGCACCGCUACAGCGCGGCCGGACGCUCGCUGCUGGAGCCCUGGCUGCAGCCUUACUGGGGCUGGCUGGUGGAGCGGCUCCCGCCGUGGUUGGCCCCCAACGCCAUCACCCUCGGCGGCCUCUUGCUGAACUGCCUCACGGCGCUGCCGCUCAUCGCCUCCUGCCCCACCGCCACCGAGCAGGCACCUUUUUGGGCAUACAUCCUGGGUGCAUUAGGACUUUUUAUCUACCAGUCUCUGGAUGCCAUUGAUGGGAAGCAAGCCAGAAGAACAAACAGUAGCUCUCCUCUAGGAGAGCUCUUUGAUCAUGGUUGCGACUCAAUUUCUACAGUUUUUGUUGUCCUUGGAUCCUGCAUAGCAAUCCGACUAGGAACAAACCCUGACUGGUUGUUUUUCUGUUGUUUUGUGGGACUGUUCAUGUUCUAUUCUGCUCACUGGCAGACAUAUGUAUCAGGCAUAUUAAGGUUUGGAAAAAUUGAUGUAACUGAAGUUCAAAUAGCCAUAACGGUGUUGCUGUUGGUAUCUGCAUUUUGUGGAACAGCAGUAUGGGACUAUAAGGUGCAUUUGAUAGGCCUAGAACUGAAGUUCUUUGCGGUUGUUGGUAUCCUGUGUGGAACAGCAGUUUCAUGUUUCAACUACUUCCGCGUCAUCUUUGGUGGAGGGGUUGGAAAGAAUGGAUCUACAAUAGCAGGAACGAGUGUUCUUUCACCAGGUGUUCACAUUGGGCUACUUGUCACGCUGGCCACUGUGAUCUACAAAAAAUCUACAGUUCAGCUGUUUGAAAAACAUUCGUGCCUGUAUGUCCUGACAUUUGGAUUUGUGAAUGCUAAAAUCUCACAGAAGUUAGUGGUGGCUCACAUGACAAAAAGUGAAAUCAGUCUUCAAGACACUGCAUUUAUUGGACCAGGACUUCUCUUUUUGGACCAGUACUUCAAUAGUUUCAUUGAUGAAUAUGUUGUUCUAUGGAUAGCAUUGUUCAUAUCCUUGUUUGAUAUGCUGAGAUAUGCCACUGGUGUAUGCCUACAGAUUGCUGCUCAUCUUCAUAUACAUGUCUUCCGAAUUUCAUCUCAUCAAGCUCCUGAACAGGUACAAGUUGUUUCUCCAUUGAACCAUCAGAAUAACAUGGACUGAAGAGACUUGCGAACAGUUGCCAUCUCCUGCUGUUGCUGUUACAAGAAAAGGAGAUUAUUCUGAACAGAUGCCAUACCAAUAUGAUUCCUUAAUCUAAUUAAAUGAAUGUCUAAUGACUUCCUUAUAGAAUGUUCUAUUUUUGUAUUUAACAAGGUUCUUUAUAACUACUGAU